AUGGCGCCCAAGAACACGGAUCCAGCCCGUGCGGCAGAAAGUAAUUUGGGCUAUCUCCUCGGCGUCACUGCAACUUUCCAUGUCGUUGCACUGCUCUUCGUGAGCAUGCGCAUGUAUGCCAGGAUUUCUCUCGUGAAAGCAUUUGGGAGAGAUGACGCCUUGAUGUUGGCCUCGACGGCCUGUGUCUUACUCGGCGGCAUAGUGACCUACAUUCUCGCUGCGCAGCAUGGUCUGGGGCACCAUACAGACACGCUCGAGAAGGCAGACUACCACGAGUACCUCAAGAUGACCUUCAUACAAGCCAUCGUAUCGACGAUUGGUGGUAUGUCAUUCCUCAAGUUAUCGAUCGGAUGUUCGCUCCUCCGGAUCGGUACCCCUCCGUUGUACACCAGAGUACUUUGGGGGCUCAUCGCUUUUGUCUGUCUCUACACGGUGAUCUCGUGGGGUGAAUGGGCCGCGGUUUGCACACCAGUAGCAGGCUUCUGGACCAAGGACCCUAAAGCGAAAUGCCUUCCCACGAAGACGCACAAAGGUUUCGCCCUGAUGAACACAACUUGUAACAUAUUCACGGACAUUUGCUUCGCUACGAUCCCUAUCCCUAUUAUCCUAGGCUUGCAGAUGAAACGCAAAACGCGGAUAUACCUCAUCAGCAUCCUGAGUCUGGGUUACGUGGCUGUUGUGGCAGGUAUUGUCAAGACCGUUAUGCAGAACACAAAGAGGGGCGAUCCUGACCAGUCAUUUACGAACGAUAUUCAGUUCUGGGGAUUCAUACAGGUGAAUCUAGGAAUCAUAGCCGCAUGCGCCCCUGCACUCAAGCCCCUUGUCGGUGGCGUUCUCAGACUCCCGUCAACGCACUUGUCUGAGAGCCGGAGCAAUAAUUACGGACCGGGAAUAAAUGGGCAGAGCAAGUCAGUCAGUAGGGUGCGGGUCAGCACGCAUGGUCUCGGGCACAAUCAUGGGUGGGAGAGGGCGGACAGCGACAUUGAACUGGAUAAUGCAUCCUUCAGCAGCCAGGCGGGCAUAACGAAACCGGGAGACAAGAAGGAUGACCCAAGGGUUGGUUGA